CGGCAGAUCACAUCUGAGUGGCUUUCGGUCGGUUGAAAUAUUCAAUAUUGUGCGCUUGGCUUAUAGAAAGUCUUUUUCUUUUUUAACCUAUUUUGUACCCUCUAUUUAAAUAGAGGCCCUAUUUUGUUGAACUGUUAUUGUGAUCGUGGGUGAAGUGAACAGUUAACGAAGAAAAUCAAAAAUAAAUACAAAAUGCGUUCGUUCCAAAAAGUGAUUGUUGUGUUAAGCGCCCUUUUGGGGGUUAGUAGUGUAAUUGCCCAACAACAACAGCAAGCUGUUGAUCCUGCAUAUCUACGACAAUACUAUCAGCAAUUAUCCUCUCAAGCAUCUGGUGGGAAUCCAGAAGCCACUCCUAUUUAUGAACAAAACGAACAACAACAGCAACAAUACGUUAGUCCUGGACAACAAAUCAGGGUUAAGGAUAAUGUACAAGAACAGAUAAGGGCACAACAGCAACAACGUAAUUCACAAGCUUAUGUGGCGCCAUCCGUAAGGGAUUACUUGCAACAACCACAACAACAACAACAGCAACAAUAUCAACAGCCUCAACAAGUGGUCUAUAGGCAGCAACAGCAACCAGCUCCAGCCCCCCGUCCACGUCCACAGCCAAUUCAAUAUCAAAAUUCAGCUGCAAAACUUAAGCAGCAAACCGAGGAUGAAGAAUACGAUGAUCAAAACUCAUCAUACCAAUUUGGAUUCGAUGUUAAGGAUGACGAGUUCACCAACUAUCAAAACCGUAAGGAAGUUCGUGAUGGUUCUGUCAUAAAGGGAAGUUACUCGGUUGUUGAUUCGGAUGGUUUCAUUCGAACUGUCAAAUACACUGCUGAUCCUAAAGAAGGUUUCAAGGCUGAAGUUAUCCGAGAGCCAACUGAUAUUGUUGUUAAAAUACCAACUCCUGCCCCACAACAAUUAUUACGUCAACCUCAAGGACAAGGUGGACUUAAGCCACAAGAAUACACCAAGGCACAACAAUAUCAGCCUCAACAAUUCCAUCAAUAUCAACAGUAAGCUGCCAAAUUAGAGAAAAAUAAACACAAUACAAAAAUUUGCUGAAUGCUUUAGACAUCAUCAUUUAAGUCGGUCUAUGGUCUAUUCAAAUGUAAAUUAUGCGAAAAAUUAGUCUGACAAAAAAAUAAACUUUUCGAAUUUGGUUAAUUUAUGUGUGAUUAACCAUAUAACUUUUUUACUAUUUGUUAAUGUGUGUGUAAAUUUAGUUUAAAUAAAUUAUAAACAAAAACCAAUAGAAUAAAAAAUAAAAUUAAAUAAAAAUAAG